CCGCCUCUUCUCACUCAAAACCCUAAACCCAAACCCCAAAAAUAUCUACCGAGUAGGGUUUUGCGAGUAUUCUGCACCAAGCAGCCGUUUCUCUUUAGCCUCUCUCAAACCUCAUAAAAGUUCUUAACCCACCUCUCAAAUCUCUCUACUCUUAUCCUAUGGGGAAAACAAGCAAGAAAUCAACCCCCAAAGUUGAAGCAGCUCCUGCUGCAGUUGCUCUGUCUGGAAAGAAAGGUAAGAGAGAAUCUAAAGAGACUAAUGAGAAGCUAGUGGCUGCCAAAAAACUGAAGAAAAACGACGGGGUAGCACAAGCUGUUGUAAAGGUCAAGGUUGAAGCAAAGACUCAGAAGAAGAAAGACGAAACCAGUAGCUCUUCCGAUGACUCUUCUGAAUCCGAAGAUGAACCUGCUCCUGCAAAGAAACAGCCAGUUAUUGCCAAGAAUGGCUCUGUACCUGCCAAGAAAGCAAAACAAGCAAGCAGUUCAGAUUCGUCAGACUCUAGUAGCGAGGAAGAUUCAUCUGAUGAAGAAGCUCCUGCUCAGAGUAAAAAACCUGAUGUUGCUGCAAAAGCCCCUGCUCCAGCUGCUAAGACAACGAAAGCUGAUAGCAGUUCUGAUGAUGAUUCUGACGAGGAUGAUGAGCCUGCUGCAAAAACAAAUGUAGCUGCAGCUGCCAAAAAUGGUACUGCACCUGUUAAAAAAGGUAAGGCCUCCAGUAGUUCUGAGGAAGAUGAAGAUAGCAGCUCAGAAGAGGAUGAAACACCUGCUCCAAAGGCUGCUUUGCCCACAUCUGCUGCAAAGACUGAAACUUCAUCCAGUGAUAGCAGCUCUGAGGAGGAUUCAGAUGAGGAUGAUAAGAAAGCAACUACUGUGAACAAAGCGGAUGCUGCUCCUUCCAAGAAGGUUGAGGAAUCCAGUAGUGAUGGCUCUGAUGAUAGUGAGUCUGAGGAUGAAGAGCCUAAGGUUGCUUCAAAGGCUAAAGCUGUUAAAAAAGAAAUCAGUAGUGAAGAAGAAUCUGAGGAAUCCUCUGAUGAUGAGGAAAGUGACGAAGAGAAAGCUCCAAAGAAAAAUGAUACAGAUGUGGAAAUGGUUGACGCUUCAACACCUGCCAAGCAGGAGUUGAAGUCUGUGAAGAAAGCUCCUCAAACGCCUGCUACUCCUCAAGCUACAGGAUCAAAGACACUUUUUGUGGGAAACUUAUCUUUUCAAGUUGAAGAAGCUGAUGUAAAGAAUUUCUUCAAAGAUGCUGGUGAAGUUGUUGAGGUUCGUUUUUCCUCUGACCAUGAAGGGAACUUUAAGGGCUAUGGACAUGUUGAAUUUGCUACUGUAGAGGCUGCACAAAAGGCUCUAGAGUUGAAUGGUGAGUAUUUGCUGAAUCGUGCUGUUAGACUUGAUUUGGCUCGUGAAAGGGGUGCAUAUACACCGUACAGCGGCAAUGAGAACAAUUCAUUCCAGAAAGGGGGGAAAAGUCGAUCUCGAACGAUAUUUGUCAGAGGAUUUGAUCAAUCCCUCGAUGAGUAUGAGAUCAAGAAUUCCUUGGAAGAGCACUUCGGUUCAUGUGGUGAGAUUUCUAGGGUGGCCGUACCAACAGAUAGAGAAACUGGUGCUGUGAAAGGUUUUGCUUACAUGGAUUUCAAGGAUGAAGAUAGUCUGAACAAAGCUCUAGAACUUAAUGGUUCUAAACUUAAUAAUUAUUCCUUGACUGUGGACGAGGCAAAACCGAAAGGUGAUUUUGGUGGUGGUCCAGGCAGCGGAAGAGGUGGAAGGAGUGGUGGAUGGAGUGGGGGAAGGGAUAGCGGUGGACGCGGUGGUCGCGGUGGAAGGGAUGGAGGCCGAGGUGGCAGGCGGGGAGGUGGUCGAUUUAGUGGUGGCAGAGGUGGACGUGGAACACCUUAUAAUAAGCCAAACCUUGCUGCAGCUGGCACAGGAAAGAAGACCACUUUUAACAAUGAGGAUUAAUCAAGUGUGGGAGUUGGUCCCAGUGGCUCCUAUGUUUAAAUGUUUUUUGUUUAGAUUAUUGAACUCUUAAUUAUUAUGUCGAAAUUCUCACAAUUUCAAGAGCCUUGUCUGUUUUAGUUACCA